CAAACAAAGAAGCUAGCUGCUUCCGCAACCAGCACUCAAAGCAUAUCACAGACAUUAGCAGAGGUUUUUGAGAUCGCAUUUUUGGGACGUUUGGCGAUAAAACGAGUGAUCAGGAGGGGAUUUAUCAGUAUGCACAAUUAUGAAGAGGCACGGCGAUGCUCCCCGUCGUGGCGUUCCCCUUCGAGGAUUUCUACAUUGACACUCACCACAUUGUGCACAGCCUGGCACGCAGGGAGCAGACGCUGCUCUUCUACGGGGGGCUCCUGUCGGCUUCGCUGGGGAUUGGUGGGAUCCGAGCCAUCCUCUGCCCGCUGAGCGCCUACAGCCUGCAGGACUGCAGCCAGCGGCAGCUCCUGUCCUUCUUCAACUGGUUUUAUUGGCUGGUGAACUUGAACUCGGUGGUUGUGUUUGUGGGCAUAGCCUACAUCCAGCAGUCUGUGGCUAAAAACCUGGGCUUCCUCAUCCCUUUCACCUCAGUGCUGCUCGCUCUCAUCACUAUCCACAUGGCGCGCAACAAACUCAUUUACCAACCAAAGAAAGUGGGUUCCUUGCUGGCCACCUUCGGGGUGUUCCUGAACUCCCUGAAAAUGUGCUGCAUACGUUACCGGCACCUGAGCGGAGAGGUGAGCAGCUGGCUGGACCGGGCCAAGGAGCACAAUGGAGGAGGGUACAGCGAGGCUCACGUGGAGAAUGUCAAGACCCUGGUCAAGCUGUUUCCCUUCUUCGCAUUUCAGCUUUUAUACCGCGCCUCCAUCACCCAGAUUCCUUCAGGCUACUACAUCCAGACCAUGAACUCCAACCUGAAUCUGAAUGGCUUUCUGCUCCCCAUCGCUGCCAUGAACGUGAUCAGCAUCCUGCCUCUCCUGGUGCUGGCCCCCUUCCUGGAGUGCGUCUCCACCUGCUUUUUCUCAUUCCGGAGAGCCUCGCUGUCCCCCACAGCACUGAUCAUUGCGGGUCACCUGUGCGCUGUUUUUUCAGCGGUGGUGGCUGGGAUCUCGGAGCUCCAGAGGAAGCGCUACCCAACGGUGGAGCAGGCCCUGUCUGGCAAGGUCCUCCACGUGUCCUCCAUGCCCUGCCUCCAGCUGGCGCCCCAGUACAUCUUACUGGGGAUGGCAGAAGCACUGGUCACCCCGGCCUGCUCACUGGUAACCUUUUGCCUGGCUCCGAGCAGUAUCCGAGGGAUCUCUAUGCACUUCCUGGCUCUCUCCUAUGGGGGCGGCUGCUUUCUGGGGGCGUUCCUUAUUCAGCUGGUCUAUCUGGUAUCAGGAGGUAACUGCUUCCCAGCAAACCUGAGCGAGGGGCACCUGGAGGGAUUCUUUUUCCUGUUAGCCUCGCUGAUGCUCACAAACGCAUUGGUGUUCUGGAAGAUUUCACACCGAUACAGUACUUUGAGCCUAGAAAUGGAUCGAGGUGUGAUAGGCAGUGUUCUCGCCGAGAAGCUUCUAGAACACGAGAAGUCUCUCAAGUUCUAUGACACAUUCUCUUCUAUGGAGACGGCUUUGUAACCUUCUUAUAAACCAGUAAUGCUGGUGUUGCAUACUUAUUUCUAAGAAAUAUUUGUAAUAGUUUUUCUAUAUGCAUAUGAAUGGCCUACAAUUUGUAGUUUUAGAAGAAAUACAAUUAAAUAAUGUACAAUACAGAAGAAUAAAUGAAAAUAAAUGGAUAAAUAGACUCAAUACCACGAUGCCUGAAUGUGUAAAUAGAAAGGAUUUUUACAUCAUUAACUAUGUAGAAAAUGACAUAACAAACAUUUCAAUAGAAAUAAGUGUGUGUAGUUACCAGGGCAUCAAAAGGACCUCCACUGUUUGUUUUCAAAAACACUUUCC